AUGAAGCCCUGUCAAAAAAAACCUGCCAUAGUAGAUGUGAAACUUGGUUUUGAAGAAAGAAAUAUUGAUCUAAAGCUUCUCUUUCAAAAGUUGACUGCUAAAUGUCAUGAUAGUGUUAAGGAUAGUGAUCAAGAACUGAGUAUUCUUGACAAUUACUUUUGUGAUGAAUUGGAGCUGUAUGAGAAACCUUUAGAUACCAUCAAUAUCGACAAUAAUGAAACUGAUGAUGAAAGUGAUUAUGAAAUAUUGGUUGAUGAUGAUAAUAGUAAUGAAAAAGUAAAUAGCAUCUGA